GAGUACGCCCACUCCAUCCGAUUGGAAGGCGACAUCAUCCUGGGCGGCCUGUUCCCGGUGCACUCCCGGGGGGGCGGCGGCGUGCCCUGCGGGGAACUAAAGAAGGAGAAAGGGAUCCACCGUCUUGAGGCCAUGAUGUUUGCCAUCGACCUGAUCAACAAGGACACAGAGCUGCUCCCCAACAUCACCCUGGGGGCCCGGAUCCUGGACACCUGCUCCAGAGACACCUACGCCCUGGAGCAGUCGCUGACCUUUGUCCAAGCCCUCAUCGAGAAGGACGGCUCGGACGUACGCUGUGCCAACGGCGACCUGCCCAUCUUCGCCAAGCCUGAUAAGAUCGUGGGGGUGAUCGGGGCGGCGGCCAGCUCCGUGUCCAUAAUGGUUGCCAAUAUACUGAGGCUGUUCAAGAUCCCUCAGAUCAGCUAUGCGUCCACGGCCCCGGAGCUCAGUGACAACACGAGGUAUGACUUCUUCUCCCGCGUCGUCCCUCCGGACUCCUACCAGGCCCAGGCAAUGAUGGACAUCGUCACGGCGAUGGGAUGGAACUACGUGUCCACGCUCGCCUCCGAGGGGAACUACGGCGAGAGCGGUGUCGAGGCCUUCGUGCAGAUCUCCCGGGAAACAGGUGGGGUGUGUAUAGCCCAGUCUCUGAAGAUCCCGCGUGAACCCAAGCCAGGGGAGUUUGAUAAGAUCACCAUGCGUCUGCUGGAGACGUCCAACGCCAGGGCUGUCAUUAUGUUCGCCAACGAGGACGACAUACGGCGUAUCCUGAACGCGGCCAAGCACAACAACCAGACUGGUCACUUCCUGUGGGUGGGGUCAGACAGCUGGGGCUCCAAGAUCUCUCCUGUGAUUGGCCAGGAGCGGGUGGCUGAGGGAGCCAUUACCAUCCUGCCCAAACGAGCCUCCGUGGACGCGUUUGACCGGUACUUCCGGAGCCGCUCUCUGUCCAACAACAGGAGGAACGUGUGGUUCGCUGAGUUCUGGGAGGAGAACUUUGGCUGCAAGCUGGGGAUGCAUGGCAAGCGCCCCGGAAGCCCCAAGAAAUGCACAGGUCUGGAGAAGGUUGGUCGGGACUCGAGCUACGAGCAGGAGGGGAAGGUGCAGUUUGUGAUGGAUGCUGUGUAUGCUAUGGCCCAUGCCCUGCACCGGAUGCACCGGGAACUCUGCUAUGGAUACCCAGGCCUGUGCCCAAAGAUGGCCAACAUCGACGGCAAGGAACUACUCAGCCAUAUCAGAGCUGUCAACUUUAAUGGAAGUGCCGGUACUCCAGUGGUGUUUAAUGAGAACGGCGACGCCCCCGGACGGUACGACAUCUUCCAGUACCAGAGCACCAACCGCUCUACCAGAGAGUACAAGGUCAUAGGCACCUGGACCAACAAACUACACCUAAAUGUAGAGGCCAUGCAGUGGCGGGCAGGCGACCCGUCCCUCCCGGCGUCUGUGUGCAGCGUGCCCUGCCGGAUGGGUGAGAGGAAGAAGAUUGUGAAGGGUGUGCCGUGCUGCUGGCACUGCGAGCGCUGCGAGGGCUAUCACUUCCAGGCCAGCGAGUUCAGCUGUGAACUGUGCCCCUACGAACAGCGCCCCGACGCCAACCGAACGGGCUGCCAGAACAUCCCCAUCAUCAAGCUGGAGUGGCACUCGCCCUGGGCCGUCAUUCCCGUCUUCAUCUCAAUGCUAGGCAUCAUCACCACCACCUUUGUUAUCGUCACCUUCGUCCGCUACAACGAAACGCCCAUCGUCAGGGCGUCCGGCCGUGAGAUGAGCUACGUGCUGUUGACGGGCAUUUUCCUGUGUUAUGCAAUCACCUUCCUGAUGAUCGCGGCACCCGAUGUGGGCGUGUGUUCCUUCCGGAGGAUCUUUCUGGGUCUGGGGAUGUGCUUCAGCUACGCGGCCCUCCUCACCAAGACCAACCGUAUCCAUCGCAUCUUCGAGCAGGGGAAGACGUCCGUCAGCGCCCCCCGGUUCAUCUCCCCGGCCUCCCAGCUGGUCAUCACCUUCUCCCUGAUCUCGGUGCAGCUCCUGGGGGUGUUUGUGUGGUUCGCCGUGGACCCGCCGCACACCUUCGUGGACUACGGCGAGCAGCGGACCCAGGACCCGGCGGCGGCUCGCGGCGUGCUGAAGUGCGACAUCUCCGACCUGUCCCUGAUCUGCUCCUUGGGCUACUCCAUCCUACUGAUGGUCACAUGCACUGUUUACGCCAUCAAGACCAGGGGAGUGCCGGAGACCUUCAAUGAGGCCAAGCCAAUUGGAUUUACCAUGUACACUACCUGCAUAAUCUGGCUGGCGUUUAUCCCUAUCUUCUUCGGGACGGCACAGUCUGCGGAGAGGAUGUACAUCCAGACCACCACCCUGACUAUCUCGCUCAGCCUCAGCGCCUCUGUCUCUCUGGGGAUGCUGUACAUGCCCAAGGUCUACGUCAUCAUCUUCCACCCGGAGCAGAACAUCCCCAAGCGUAAACGCAGCUUCAAGGCCAUCGUCACCGCCGCCGCCAUGUCAGGCAAGCUGCAGAAGGGAGGCGACAGGCCCAACGGAGAGGUCAAGACGGAGCUGUGUGAGAGCAUGGAGACCAACACUUCAUCAACUAAGACAACAUAUGUCAGCUACAGUAAUCAUGCCAUCUGA